UAUACGCUACCGCCCGAGGCAUUUUUCUCCUUAAGUCGGCUACCUCCGCUAUAUAAUCCCUCCUUUCCGCCUUAAUCUUCAUUACUCAAUUCUCUCCAGCUACAAUUUCUUUUCUCCAAAUCUCUUCUUUCUACGAUUCUCUUCGUUCCGUUUGGUCAAGAUGCAGAUCUUUGUGAAAACCCUCACCGGCAAGACCAUCACCCUCGAGGUGGAGAGCUCUGACACCAUCGAUAAUGUCAAGGCUAAGAUCCAGGAUAAGGAAGGGAUUCCCCCGGACCAGCAGAGACUGAUCUUUGCCGGAAAGCAGCUCGAGGACGGCCGUACCCUUGCGGACUACAACAUCCAGAAGGAGUCGACCCUCCACUUGGUCCUCCGUCUCCGUGGUGGUAUGCAGAUCUUCGUCAAGACCCUCACGGGCAAGACAAUCACCCUUGAGGUGGAGAGCUCCGACACCAUUGACAACGUCAAAGCCAAGAUCCAAGACAAGGAGGGAAUCCCUCCGGACCAGCAGAGGCUCAUCUUCGCCGGAAAGCAGCUCGAGGACGGCCGUACCUUGGCUGACUACAACAUUCAGAAGGAGUCGACCCUCCACUUGGUCCUCCGUCUCCGUGGUGGUAUGCAGAUCUUCGUUAAGACCCUCACGGGCAAGACAAUCACCCUUGAGGUGGAGAGCUCUGACACCAUCGACAACGUCAAAGCCAAGAUCCAGGACAAGGAGGGAAUUCCUCCGGACCAGCAGAGGCUCAUCUUUGCCGGAACGCAGCUCGAGGAUGGCCGCACGUUGGCCGACUACAACAUCCAGAAGGAGUCGACCCUCCACUUGGUCCUCCGUCUCCGUGGUGGUAUGCAGAUCUUUGUGAAGACCCUUACCGGAAAGACCAUUACCUUGGAGGUGGAGAGCUCCGACACCAUUGACAAUGUCAAAGCCAAGAUCCAGGACAAGGAGGGUAUUCCCCCAGACCAGCAGAGGUUGAUCUUUGCCGGAAAGCAGCUUGAGGAUGGCCGCACCUUGGCCGACUACAACAUCCAGAAGGAGUCUACCCUGCACUUGGUGCUGAGGCUGAGGGGAGGAAUGCAGAUCUUUGUGAAGACCCUAACAGGAAAGACCAUCACCUUGGAGGUGGAGAGCUCGGACACCAUUGACAACGUCAAGGCCAAGAUCCAGGACAAGGAGGGUAUUCCCCCGGACCAGCAGAGGUUGAUCUUUGCUGGAAAGCAGCUUGAGGAUGGGCGUACACUGGCCGAUUACAACAUUCAGAAGGAGUCUACCCUGCACUUGGUGCUGAGGCUGAGAGGUGGAAUGCAGAUUUUCGUGAAGACCCUCACGGGGAAGACCAUCACCUUGGAGGUGGAGAGCUCGGACACCAUUGAUAAUGUGAAGGCGAAGAUCCAAGACAAGGAGGGCAUCCCACCUGACCAGCAGAGGUUGAUCUUUGCUGGAAAGCAGUUGGAGGAUGGAAGAACCCUGGCUGAUUACAACAUCCAGAAGGAGUCCACCCUUCACCUUGUCCUCCGUCUCCGUGGUGGCUUCUAAAUGUUGUCUGGUUAUCUGUUGCCUGUUGUUGUCGUGUCGUAGGUUGUGGUGUCGGUGUCCGGUCUUGUUUUAUCUGCCGUUGUGAACGGCUUGUGUCAAGUUGAUAAUUUCAUUUAAAUUUCUGUCAUCUAUUGAACAAUUAGGUGGGGGUUUCCCCCACCACCUAAAUAAUUUUGUCUUUCAGUAA